UCGAUUUAUUUCCGCGUUCACUGGGAUCCUGCAGGACUGAAUGAAUCCGUAAACGCCGUUCCUUAUCUGUUCAUUGGCUUUUACGCACAUUUCGGAACUGGGGGUAAAUUGGGGUAGAGGCAGCAUCAGUGCAAUUUCUCGAAGUUAUAGAUCCACAGUGCAUUAGUAAUAUGCUCACAAGAGUGAAAUCUGCUGUUGCCAAUUUUAUGGGAGGCAUCAUGGCUGGCAGCUCCAAUGGUGAUCAUCUCAGCGGCUCCGACCUGCCUCUGAAAUUCCCCUACAUGAGACCCGAGUUCCUUGGGCUGUCUCAGGACGAGAUAGAGUGCUCUGCAGAUCACAUCGCCCGACCCAUACUGAUUCCGAAAGAGACCAGGACACUGCCAUGGGCCACGGGAUAUGCAGAGGUCAUCAAUGCAGGAAAAAGUUCACUGAACGAAGACCAGGCCUGCUGUGAAGUAGUCGUUGUGAAGAAGACCUCGGGGGUCCCGUCCACACCGAAUAAGAAUUCCACAGCAAAGCGAAGGUCUUCAUUGCCGAAUGGAGAAGGCUUGCAGCUGAAGGAAGACGCAGAUUUGGAAGGUCUUACUUUGCAUUACUGGGCCCUCUUCGACGGGCACGCUGGAUCAGGGGCGGCAGUGGUCGCCUCCAAAGUGUUACUACAGAAGAUAACGGAGCAGCUGCAGGACGUUCUGGAUGUCAUUAAAAACACGGCCGUGCGUCCUCCCGCUUGCCACGGGGAGGACCCUGACACCACCACCCCGAACGCAAGGACUCUGACGAGGGCCGCCUCCCUGCGAGGAGCAGCCGGGGCCCCUGGCUCCCCCAGCACACCUCCGACCCGCUUCUUCACUGAGAAGAAAAUCCAGCACGAGAGUCUUGUGGUUGGGGCAAUUGAAAAUGCUUUUAAAGAAAUGGAUGCCCAGAUUGAAAAUGAAAAAAGCAUAUACAAUAUCUCCGGGGGCUGUACUGCGCUGGCUGUGGUCUUCCUACUGGGGAAACUUUACGUAGGAAAUGCUGGUGAUAGCAGGGCUAUUAUCAUUCGAAAUGGAGAAAUAAUCCCAAUGUCAUCAGAGUUUACACCUGAGAGUGAAAGACAAAGGCUCCAGUUUUUGGCAUAUAUGCAGCCUCACUUAUUAGGGAACGAGUUCACGCAUUUAGAGUUCCCCAGAAGAGUCCAGAGGAAGGAGCUUGGGAAGAGGAUGCUCUACAGGGCUUUCAACAUGACAGGCUGGGCAUAUAAAACCAUAGAGGAAGAUGACCUGAAGUUUCCUUUAAUUUAUGGAGAGGGCAAGAAGGCACGUGUCAUGGCCACUAUUGGUGUCACCAGAGGACUAGGGGACCAUGAUCUGAAGGUUCAUGACUCUAACAUCUACAUCAAGCCUUUCCUCUCCUGCUACCCCGAGGUCAAAGUGUACAACCUCAAACAGUAUGAGCAUGGAGCGGAUGAUGUGCUGGUGUUAGCCACAGAUGGGCUGUGGGACGUGUUGUCAAACGAAGAAGUGUCAGAAGCUGUUACAAAUUUUCUGGUAAACUGUGACCCUGAUGAUCAACACAGGUACACUCUGGCAGCUCAGGAUCUGAUCAUGAGAGCUCGAGGAGUUCUGAAAGACCGAGGCUGGAGAAUCUCCAAUGACAGACUUGGUUCAGGGGAUGACAUCUCUGUCUACAUCAUUCCCUUAAUAUAUGGGAACAAACAGCCCUAGUUGUUAACUCCCAGUUUAAAAGGAGGCUCACUCAGGCUAACGGGGUAAUGUUCCCCUCCCGGUGUCACCUCAGCUUCCUUACCUUUCCCCUCUCGUACGCAUCACUUUGAAGGGACCCUUGCUAACUAAACAUGAGUAAGCCUCCUUUUGUAGGCUACGCAAUGACUUAAAUGGUCGUAUAUUAAGCUUCUCAACCUGAGAGCAAUCCCAGGAUUCCCCAGCUACCUUUUGAAAUUCAGGAUCAUGUUAAUAAACCAUAAGAAGCUGAUCCAGCAUUAUAAAAAAAAUUCCCCAGUUACUGACAGCUGGCAGAAGGUAGCUUUCUGGUUGCCAACUAGCUUUGCACAGUUCUCUCUGAGUGAUUUUUAUUUUUCCGAUUUUGUAAGUUUACUUGUCAUGGAAGGGAUCUUGCAAUGAUUGUAGUAAGCCUGACCCCAAAUUCUGGGUUACACAAAUUGUGAGCCAUGUGCAGUGUGUGGUGUUUUGUUUUGUUUUUUUGGUGGGGGGAUUUCUUUUUUUUUUUUUUUUAUGUAUUUAUAGAUGUUUCAGAGAAAUUUUAUUUAUUCAACCUUAAUGCUUGAUCUUUCCUCUUAGUGAAUUACUGUAUAAAUGAUAUUGUAUAAAUAGAAAUCACAGAUGUAUAUUAUUGAAAAUGCUCCUCUGUUUAAAUAUAUUUAAAGUAUUUUAUUAUGUGUUUAACCUGUUAUGUUCUGCUGCUGUGAUGUGCUGUUUCAGAUCGAGAAUGGCAUCUCAAGCUUGUAUAAACUCUACAAAGCAAACUUAAAUAA